AUGACGCUGCCCAACGUGAGUGCUGCAUAUACGGCCCGGCCGAGCGCCAGCCGCGCCGCCUCGCCGCUCCCAGUGCUUGCACCGUCGCCAGCGGCCAUCCUCGCGCUCGUGCGUGACCAUCCGCUCUAUGGGCUCCUCCAGCGGGUCUUUGUCCUGCUCGAGACACCACCCGAGGCAGCGGCUUCGCAACCAAGCUUGCCGUCCAAGCGCGAGCUCGCCAAGCUCAUUGCGCAGGCGCAGGCGCCGGCACAUGCGAUCGUGACGCCGACGCUUCUCGUGUUUCUGACGCUCCAGCUGCGGAUGCUCCGUCCCAACCACAAGACCAGCGACGACGACGACACGUCAAUGCUCGAGGACGAUAAGAAGCUCAAGCGCGCGCGCCUCACGCGCCGCUCGAACGAGUUUAUGACCGCGUGGUUUCUCGCGCACAAGGGCAACCCGUACCCGUCGGCGAAGGAGCGCAACGAGAUUGCCAACACGACGCAGCUCAGCGAACUCCAAGUGCGCAACUGGUUUGCCAACAUGCGCAAGCGCCAUUGGAAGCCGCAGAACGCAGACAAGAAGCCCCGCUGCCUCCUCGACCUCGUCCUGCGUCGGUCGAGUCCGUGA